AUGAAGUUCACCGCAAAGACAUUCAUCUUUCUUACUACCCUCUGUCUUAUUGUUAUUUCCGUUGCGGCCCAAUCUGGUGGUCCACCUACCGGACCUACUGGUUCAUCACCUUCUGAUGGUCCUCCACCUACCGAUGAAUCUACUGGUUCAUCACCUUCUGGUGGUCCUCCACCUACCGAUGAACCUACUGGUUCAUCACCUUCUGGUGGUCCUCCACCUACCGGUGAACCUACUGGUCCAUCACCUUCUGGUGGUCCUCCACCUACUACAGCUAAUACUGCUGCCUCAACCGCAUCAGGAUCUGGACCAUCAGGAUCAGGAGGAACUUCAUCAACAUCCGGUCUAUUAGGUGUGCCCACACCAGGUUCUUCUAUAAGUGGUAAAAGUUCUUCAGGAGGACCCGGACCAUCACCAUCAACUUCAACACCAUCAAAAUCCUCAGGAGGGAUUUCAACGCUUUCUCAUAUGAGUGGUUCCGAAGUUUUAUCUGGCUCAUUGAUCGCUUUCAUGGUUGCUGCUGCUUUACUUUAUUAG